AUGCCCCGAGACCAGCGAGGAGACCACACUCAGGUGGUCCAGGAUGACGACAAAAUCCCGCACCUCCCCCGGAGGGCAAUCACCACCUGGGCAAAUCUGCCCAGGUGCACCCAACCAGGAUCAAGUUAUGAUGGCGGCAGUAGUGACUCUGAGUGUGAGAGUCCCACUUUGGACGAGCAGGAGGGUCAGUCCCCGCUGAUGCCUGACUUUUGGCUUAUUGUUAAGAUUCUCCAGGACAGAGUAGAGGUCUACUCCCAUUCCAGGAGUGUCAGUGAAGGAAAAGAAGGUGGUGCUGAGGAUACGGAAAAGAAAGAAGAAAAGGAGGAGUUGCCUGAGUACUUGGAACUGCAUCAGUUGAUGGUGCGCAAGAUUGGGGAGAUCUGCCGAGUAGUCAACCAGCGCAUGCUGCUGCAGGACCUGCAUGACAGCCACAUCUGUAACUCUUUGUUGGUGGCUGAGAGCGAGGAGGACAUCUGGAAGAACGAGUCUCUCUACAGGCAGCGUCUGACCAAUUCUGAUGACUACAGUGCAGAGGAGAGCUACCAACCCAGAGACUACCUGGCUGCCACCAUGCAGUUCGUCCCGGGCCACUUUGCCUGUGACGUGGUGUGGAGCACCAUCAUUCACAUCCACCCACGCCUCAAGAUGGGGCCCAACAUGGGUGUGUCCAGGGCCAUCCAGGCCCUGCGGUCUGUGCUGAAUUCCUUCUGCGUAGUCAACAGGAAGAACAUGUUCGUCUACCAGGAGCGCACAACCAAAUCAGUCUUCUACCUCAGGCUCUGUGAGACGUCCCAGACAGGGAAGUACUCAGACAUGGACGGCACUCUCCACAUGGUCCGCUCUGUUGGGCUUGCCCGGAGUCAGGAACCCUUAAACUCAGAGGACGUCACAGGUUCGAGGUCUUCUCUUGAGGGUUCUCGGCCUGUUGGACAGGUGGACAAACACAUCCUGCUGCUGGUGCACGGAGUGGGAAACGCCGGUCAGGAGAUCACAGACGAGCUGGUCAAGGUGCUGCGUAAGCGUCUAGACGAGACCACCCUGGACAUCAUCACAGUCAUGCUGGUCCGAAACUGCAAGCUGACCCCAGCUGAUGUGGAGUUUAUCCAGCCCUCCGGCUCUCCUGCCACGGAGAUAAUGGAGUUCAGUCUUCCACAGUACUGCCUGGCCUGGCUGCCUGCUGUUGCCCACUACCUCAGGCAGAACCUGCUCAUCUUUUUGCAUCUUCCCAAAUACACUGACAGCAAUACCGCACAUCACUUCAAGCACUACUUCCAUUUGAGCAGUGAACUUCCUGACGGUGAUAUCUACCUCUAUAAUAAGCCUGGGGGCCAGGGGACAGGAGGAAAAGGUAACCACAUCCCCGCAGAACAGCUCACAUGUGAGGCACCAGCUCUGACUCUCCUUCCCAGCACGUGGAACACAUUCCUCUUCCCGGUGCCUCGCAUGUAUUUCUCAAGACUACAUGACACAAAAUAAUGACAUGUUGCAGUGUGAGUUGCUCACUGUAUUGUACCCCAGUGUUUUCUACAGUAUCAGGUACACUGUAAUCUAUGCCUGAAUUCUGUGUGAAUUAAUUAAAACUUGAAA